ACGCGUUUGCAUUGUGUUAUUGCGACUUGUAUACUACGCUAACAACAUGCAGACUUUACGCGAAUUUACGCGUAAAACAAAACGCGGCAAUAUAUUAAAAAUCGUGCGAGAGCAUUAUCUUCGCGAUGAUAUUGGCUGCGGCUCCGAUUUGUGUCAGUAUUGCUUCCAAAACGAGGCUUAUCAACUGACAUCGAAUCACGAAAUCAAGAGUAGUCUCUUCAAAUACCCGCACUACAUUGUUUUAGACACCAACGUGGUGUUGGAUCAAAUCGAUGUACUCGAGGAGGAUGUGUUCCACAACGUGAUCGUGCUGACUACUGUCCUCAAUGAGGUGAAACAUAAGAGUUCGUCGAUUUACAAGCGUAUCAAUGAAAUCAUUCAUGAUCGCACACGCAAUUUCUACGUGUUUGUCAACGAACAUCACAAAGAUACCUACGCGGAUCGGGAACCCGAUGAAACUGCUAAUGAUCGAAAUGAUCGUGCUAUACGCAUGGCCACCAAGUGGUAUGACAGCCAUCUGCAGACCUCACAAGAGUCCAAAGUGUUUCAGCGCAGUGGACGCACUGCAACACGUGUGAUACUGCUCAGUGACGAUGCAGGCAAUCGGGCUAAGGCCGAGGCUGAGGGCAUAUUGGUCUGCCCUGCUGCUGAUUACGUUAAAUCGCUUGAGGAUUUCCCCUUAUUGGUGGACAAGUUGGCGCACAAAUCUUUUGAGAAUGAGAAACAAGCGCUGCCCCAAUAUCCACCACACUUGAGCAUGAAGGAACUGCUCGAGGGGUUCCGACAGAAAAAGUUGCUUCAGGGCGCAUUCCAAGCAUCCCGAGAGAACUAUCUCGAGGGUAGUGUGAACGUCGAGAGUUACGAGAAAGCCAUCUUGAUUCAAGGACGAGAAUCGCUGAAUCGGGCUGUGGAUGGCGAUCUGGUGGCUGUGGAAUUGCUGCCUGAAAACGAAUGGUCUGCGCCUAGUGAAAUUGUGCUGGAAGAGAAGAAUGUGUAUGCAGAUGAUGUUCCUAGCGAAGAUCGUGUCGAACAGGAAAAAGAAAUGUUGCAGCAACUGCGGGUAGCACCAGUUUCAGAGCGCACUCCCACCGGUCGCAUUGUGGGCAUUGUGCGUCGUAAGUGGCGACAGUAUUGUGGAAUUCUGCAGCCCAGCCUUAUAGAAGAUACAACACGGCACAUUUUUGUGCCCGCCGAUCGCAAGAUUCCGCGCAUACGAAUUGAGACGCGGCAGGCGGACAAGCUGCAAAAUCAACGCAUCAUUGUUACCAUUGACAGUUGGCCCCGCAACUCGCGCUAUCCCCAUGGACACUUUGUGCGCUCGCUUGGGCCACUGGGCAACAUGGCCACUGAGAACGAGGUAAUAUUGCUGGAGCACGAUGUGCCCCACUGCAAGUUCUCCGAAGAAGUUCUCAGUUUCUUACCUAAAAUGCCUUGGUCUAUUACGGCUGAAGAUUAUGCGAAGCGUGUGGAUCUGCGCGAUUUAUACAUUUGUUCGGUGGAUCCACCAGGUUGUACGGAUAUUGAUGAUGCACUUCAUUGCCGCGAGCUGCCCAAUGGCAAUCUGGAGGUGGGUGUCCAUAUUGCCGAUGUCAGUCACUUUAUUAGGCCAGGUAACGCUUUAGACAAGGAGGCUGCUGCACGCGGGACAACGGUUUACUUGGUAGGCAAGCGCAUUGACAUGGUGCCAGAGCUGCUUAGCUCCAAUCUCUGCUCACUGGUUGGUGGUGUCGAGCGUUUUGCGUUCUCGUGCAUUUGGGAAUUGGACAAGGAGGCAAAUGUGUUAGCUAAACGUUUCCACAAGAGCGUCAUCAAAUCGAAGCGUGCCAUGACCUAUGAGGAGGCGCAAGUGCUUAUCGAUGACGCAUCUCAGAAUGAUGAAAUUACCAAAUCGUUGCGAAAUCUUAAUCGUUUGGCCAAAAUACUGAAAAAGCGCCGUAUGGAUAAUGGCGCUUUGGUUUUGGCUUCGCCAGAGAUUCGCUUCCAAGUAGAUAGUGAGACGCAUGAACCCCUCGAAGUGGAAGCCAAGCAGAUGCGGGACACUAACUCAAUGGUUGAGGAGUUCAUGUUGCUGGCCAAUAUUACUGUAGCCCAACACAUUGCCAACGAGUUCACCGAAUGCGCUGUGUUGCGGCGUCAUCCCAAGCCUCCGCCAACCAAUUUUGAUCCACUGGUCAAAGCAGCACGCUAUCAGGGCUUUGAAGUGUUAACGGAUACGGGUCUGGAGCUAUCGCAUUCCCUAGACAAAUGCGUCAAAGCGGAUAAUCCGUACUUUAAUAUGAUGAUUCGUAUUCUAACUACUCGCUGUAUGAUGCAGGCCGUCUACUUUAUCAGUGGCAGUCUUCAAAAGGAGGAGUUCUUCCACUACGGUCUGGCUGCGCCCAUUUAUACACACUUUACAUCGCCCAUUCGUCGUUACUCGGACAUAAUGGUGCAUCGCCUGCUUGCCGCCUCCAUUGGCGCAGACAGCACUUAUGCUCAGCUCUUGGAGCGGAAAUCCAAUGAGGUGAUCUGCAACAAUUUGAAUUAUCGUCAUAAGAUGGCACAAUACGCUGGCCGCGCAUCUGUAGCACUCAACACACAUUUGUUUUUCCGUGGAAAAGAGGAAGACGAAGAGGGGGUAUUUAUACUAUUAACUAGAUUAUGAAAU